AAUGCAAAAGCUCCUUGGAUAACACAUUUGAAUAAAAUUGUUUUUUUUGGAUCAUGGCAAGAAUGCGUCUUUGUUUUCUAUUUGUUAUUAGCACCCCUGCGAUAGGUAUUAAAGAGUGUUACAAAGUACGACGCAGCGCAUUAUUCACAAACUGUUCGUUUUAAAAGAAUCUUCUGUGUUGAAAACAUUGUACGUUGAAAUUUAAAUGGAUAUUGGAAGCAGAAGUAAAUGGUGGGUUUUUCUCGUUUUGAACUUUAUUUUAGAACCCGCUUUUGGUUUACAUGAAAAUAACAGAUUUUAUGAAAGUAGUGAUAAACCAAUUAGAAGAGAAGAAAUAAAAGCAGUACUUGAAGCAAAGUUUUUAAGUAUUCUAGGACUACCAUUUAAACCAGAGAAGCCAAAGAAUAAAAUAAAAAUACCUAAUCAUGUCUGGAAACUAUACACAAAUGGUCAGAUAAUAUAUCAUGAUCUUGAUAAAAAAAAUGCAGAUACAAUCCAGUUUCAUUAUCAUAAAGAAAAGCCAUUAAUCAAUCACGUGAAUGAACAAAAAUAUAAACAAAACGUAGAACACCUUGAGUUUGAAAUAAUUUUUAAACGAGUGCAAGCAACUCAUCGCGCAGAAUUACAUGUCUUCAGCGAACCUCAUAACGAUCUUCGAGAAAGAAAACCAUAUCAAGUAACAAUAUACAGUAAUAACGGCACUGUGCCUUUUAUAAAGAAAAAAAUUGCGGGAUCACGUCUAGGCUUUACUACUUUAGAAGUCACUGAAAUAGUUCAAAAAAAUAUGAAUAAUACUCCGGUAUUAAAUAUCGGUAUAACUCAAAACGACCGUUUACAUCUUCGACGCCGAAGAAACACUGACGAUAAUGAAUGGAACACCAAAAGGCCUGUUCUUGUCAUUUAUACUUUAUGUGGGGAAAAAACAACAAAAGUUGAAAAAAGCCAUCAUAGAAGUAAAAGAGAAGCCAUUGAGAAAAGUCCAAACAGCGACAAUAAGCAAGAUUUAUGCCAUUUACACCCGUUUGAAUUUGACUUAGUAAAGGUUGGUUGGAAUGAGUUUGUUUUGUAUCCUUCUUUGUAUAGAUUAAACUUCUGUGCUGGAAAAUGUCCGAAUCCGCUAAGUCAUCAUUUUAAUGGAACUAAUCAUGCGGUUAUACAAAACAAUGUUUUAAAAAUAGCAAAAGACAAAGUUCCGCCAUUAUGCUGUAUACCCAGCGAGCUUGAAGCGCAAACAAUCAUUUAUAUAGAUCAUGAAAAUAAAAUGAUCAUUAAAAGACCUGAGAAAAUGAUUGCAACUGCGUGCGGAUGUCGUUAAAGUUAAGAAAAUUGAAUAAAAAUGUAUAACCACGUACGACAAAAUACAGCCUAUGUUACAACUGAAGAAAAAGUUGCAAAAAACCCAUUUCUAAAACCUUUUAGAAUAUGAGAUUACGAUUAACCUAGUGUGUAAUUCCUAACUUAGUAAUCACCCGAAAAUCAGUUAGGUAGCUGCGUAAUUAUUAUGUGCUUUGAGAAUAUUUUAAAGUAAUUACCAUUAUGUUAGUGGUUUUAUCAAGUAUCGAUUUAUUUGUUUCGACCUUAAUUUAAAUAUAUUUUAUUGGAAACAAUUUACAACUGAGAGGCAAAGAAAAAAAAAAUUAUCCACAAGUUUACAUAUAUUACAUAUCGUUUUAAUGAAAAUCGUUUUCUGCCAAAAACUUUAUUGUUUUUCACAACGAAGAAUUUAUCGAUUGUUUUUGUAUAUCAUUUUUGUUUGCGCUUAUCUCACGCAAAACAAGAGAAUGUUUGAUAGUUUAAGUGCUUAUUAUUUUUCUUCUAAAUAUGAAAACACAACCGAAUAUUAUAUUCUAAUCUUAUUGUAUUCUUGUUAAUUUUGCUAUUGAAUGAAUAGAAUGAACAACUUUAAUGUAAUCGAUAUAACAUUAGGAAUCUUGGCGGCGUUUCUAUAAAAUCGUUAACAAAUUGUUUAAACAUAACUGGGACGAGUCUGCAUCGGCGUUUUCGGUUUGAUAUAAGUUCAGAGGUACAAUAAUCUUGGAUUUCCUUUUAUAAAACUUUAAUUUAAUGAUAUAGUGUUCAUUAUUCUUCACCGUUAACAGCAAACAACCGCAGACAAAAAAAAAAAAAAAA